GGACAUGGGGAUUUUCUAGUAAACAUGUGCAAUUAGCAGUUUCUUGUCUCUUCUUUCUUUAAAACUCGUGUCCCUGACCUUGUGUCUGUGAAAGAGAGAUAGCUCACUCUUUACUCUUCUCUCUUCAGUCUUCAGCCUCUCAGUAUAUCGGCUUCUAAGACUACUUUUUCCAAUUAUACGAACUGUGCUUGUGCUUUACUGCUACUUCUCUUGCGGUGGUUGAACUUGCUUUUAAACUCUACUUUCUCGUGGUCAAUCUGAGAGUUCUGAGUUCCGUAUGGGCCAGGAUUGAACCUUCUAGCAAAUGGGUUAGUUUCAUUAAUUAUUCUCAUGGAGACUUUCUCCUCAAGCUUAGAGAACAUGAUUGUUCGUUGACGCCGCUUAUUGGGAUUUUCUUUCGUCGAACUUGCUUCGCCGAGAUCUAUACGAGUCAUAUAUUCUUCUUCGUGCUCGAAAUCGAGAUUGGUCUUCUGAAGCAAUUUCUGCGAUCUCUAACUUUGAGAUAAUUGGUGGGACGCUUCUGCUCAAAUAAUGGUCAUUUCCGAGGCCUCUGCAUUUGUUGAUGGGACAAGAGAUGAAGUUGGAUGUCAAUGUGAAGUCUUCAGAGGGUCUGAGUCCCGAUACUGUUCUGUCAUCUCAUCAAUAUCCUUUAAAUGUCAAGAGGAGAUAUAAAAAAGUGAAACACAUUGGGAAAGAUGAAUUUUGGACCGUCACAGAAGACUUAUCCAAAAUCAGGUUUGCUAGGUUCCGCAGUUCUUCAUGUAAAAGCAUUCUCUCUAGACCUAAUGGGCAGGAAGUUAAUGUGGAAAUGAGGCGUGCUUCCAUGCAUCAGAGUUCGGAGGAGGUAAAGUAUAAAGUAUAAAAGAAAUGAGCACCAGGGAGGGAAGGAAAAAGAUAGAAAUUUCACGUAGCAGUGACACCUCUUUUUCUGGUAGCAUUGUUGAUUCUUUAUGUAGUUCUGAUGAUGAAGGUCCUAGAAAGAAAUCUUCAUUGAUGCGUAAGGAUUCAAAAAUGAAGUCACGGUCUGUUUCCAGAUCCUCAGCUUGCUUGGAGACCAAUUCUGCAGAUGGCUUUAUUGAAUUUGCAUAAAUUCAGAUGUUAGGGAAAGAUUUUCUACUUCAACUGCGCAGAAAGAGAUUCUAUAAAUUCAAAUGCCAGAAAUGAUAGAGUUACUGUUUCUCAGGAGAAAGAUGCAGUUCAUUCAUUGGUCAAAUCAUUCUCUGCCAAGGUGGAGGUCUCUCACUUGCUAUCUCCUUCAAAAAACGAGUGCUCAUCAAAAGCCAAUUCUAACGUCCAGUCCACCUCUAUCAAGAAAAUGCUCAAUUCAUUCAUGAAGUCCAAAUCUUUGACAAGUCCGGGGGGCCGAGCGUAAGCUGGAAACUGGUGAGGUCAAAUCAACUAAUAUGGUAAAUAUAACAAGAACAAAAGCAGGGCUUACCAGAAAUCUCUUCUAAAUGACUUUUCUAACACAGAAAAGUAUUCUGAUAUUAUUUCCGAGUUUAUCAGUAGAGAUAUCCAGCAUUCAGGGAGUGCAAGUUCUCCAGUCCACCUGCACGGUAGUCUCAAGUUUGAAAACAGACAUGGAGUUCCUUUUUUUGAGUUCAAGGUGAAAUGCCCUGAAGAUCUUUUAGUGGCCAAGACGUGGAGUGUGGAUAAUGCUUUCAAUUGGGUAUAUACCUUUCAUUCUGUUGAUGCUAGAAAGAAAAGCAGUGCCACUGGCUUGGAAUCCCAUGAUUGUGGCAGAGGUUCCUCAAUGGUAGCAAAAAUGUUAGUUUUCCUCUAACUUAUGUUCAGAAUUUAAAGAUGGAGCCUUUGACAACUCUAUGGUGACAGAGUUUGUGUUGUAUGAUCUUGCAAACUUAAGACCAAGCGCUUCACUUCAAAAAGAUUCUCACAGUGACCAAGAUUCGAAAACCUUAAAAACCUUCCCGUGUCGGAGUAGAGAGAGAAACAUUCGACCUUGAUGAGAAAACUCCUGCAAUUAAGAACAAACUUCGAGACAAGCUUUUAUCUGGCAGUGUUGAUUUUGAUGAUUCAAAAUCUUAUCCUUGGUCGUGCACAGAAUUGCGUCCGAAUCUUGAAAUUGCUGCCAUUGUUUUGCAAAUUCCAUUUCAGAAGAGGGAAAGCUUCAGAUACAUGAGAAAGAGUAGAAGAAGUGCCACUGAGCAUCGCAACCCAAGCGAGCAUUCAGAGAUAGAACAGAGUAGAAAGAGCCUUCAUGAAAUCAGAGGCCCAGAACAGGUGAAGGUGGUAAUUCCAAGGGGCAAUCACGGUCUGCCCUUUGAUGAAAACCAGGGUCCCUCGCAUUUACUUGAUCGAUGGAGACAUGGUGGGGGUUGUGACUGUGGUGGGUGGGACAUGGCCUGUCCCCUUGUUCUUUUAGGCAAUCCUGGCAUUCAAUUUUCUGAAGAGCGCCCCCUCAUGGGGAAUUAUCAAACACUGGAACUCUUUGUCCAGGGAGCAAAAGAGAGCUGUCCUACUUUUAGCAUGACAGUAGUUGAAGAAGGGCAAUAUGCUGUUGAUUUCCACGCACAAUUAUCCACAUUACAAGCAUUUGCCAUUUGUGUUGCUAUUUUGCACAGCACCGGUACCUUCCAUGGCACGGGACGGCAGAAAAAGCAAGAGAUAUCGCAAUGUGGUUCAACGAAAAUGCUUAAAGAGGAGGACCAAGUAGAAUUUUUGAUAGAUUCAGUUAAUAGAGAGGAGAAGACAAUGUCCAAGUCCAAGUCCCCGAAAGCAAAUCUUCGAUCCUACGUGCUGAACCCACCUUUUUCACCCGUUGCACGAGUUUGAGGUGUAACGUGGAACCUUCUUGGAGACUCUUCAGCAUCAAUGCUCGGAAUUUAAAAAGGAAAAACCAAAAAAAAAAAAAACAAAGAAAA